AGCGGACUUCCUCUUCCAAUUCUAGAUCCAGAAACUCCUCCGCAACUCCCCGGAAGAACUAGCAGCCAAGCUCGCAGCACGGCACUGUAUCUUGCGCAGCAUACAGCGAUUCCGGUUCCGAAGGUGCACGGGUCGGGGAGUUGUGCGCUGGGUCCGUAUAUUGUGCUGAAGUUUAUUGAAGGGCGGUGUUUGAGUGGGUGGUUGAGGGAUCCAUCGCAGGAUACAAUGUCGUUGAACCCAAGUUGUCGCGAUGAGUGUCUUGAGGAGAGCGUAUUGGAUCAUGGCGGAUAUUCUGCUCGAGCUUUCAAAACCGACAUUCCCGUUCAUCGGAGCCAUUAAGCACGAACGGCUUGAUGGUUCUAUAACAUCCCCCUUUGAAGUCUUUGCGAAAUAUUGCGUCGGCAAUGCAGCAGAUUACUUCGACGAAUUGGCUUGUCAGCAUCUCUACCACUUGGAGCACCAGCGCAAUGAUGCAGUGGUAGAUGAAAUCGACUGUCGCAAAAAAUACAUCGCGCGGUGUCUGUUUCGCAAGAUAUCGCGAGAGAUAUCCCGCGGAUAUUGCGACGGGCCGUUUUGGCUUUACUGCGACGACCUUCGACUUGAAAGUGUUCUUGUUGAGGAGUCAAGCCUGGCUGUUACGGGGUGAUUGAUUGGGAGUUCACCUAUGCUGCGCCGGUGGAGUUGACAUAUGCUGCGCCGUGGUGGCUUCUCCUAGAGCGUCCGGAAGACUGGGAGGAUGAUCUUA